CAGAACAAACACAACACAAAUCACCUCGGAGACUCCAUACCGACGAUAGGAUGCUUCCCGGAAGAAUUCCCAACGACGCCACGGAGUCCGUCGAGAAGGGACCACAGAGGCAAGCCAGAAGACCGAUGGAUGCAGCCACGCCCCGGCUCUGGGCCUCGUCCGGGACACGCCUCCGCCGUGUCCUCGCCUGGUCCACCGCAGCGACCGUCCUUUGUUUGUUUGGCCCGCCCGGAAGCCUCCAAGCGGCGGGUGCCUUCCGGCCGUGCGGGAUCCUCUCCCGCCGCCGCYCGCAGGAAUCCGCCCGGUCGGCGUCCCCGGAAAGCGGGGACGGGCUCUCCGAGUUCGAGCUGCUGCAGAGGAGCCUGUACCGGACCGAGUUCGAGAGCCUGAAACACGAGUCGACCUGGUUGGAUUCGUUCCGGCAGCUGCCCUUUGAGUGCACCGGGUGCGGAAACUGCUGCAAGACCACCGGCAACGUGUACAUGUCUCCCCAGGAGGUGGCCUCGGCGGCCGYCUACAAGAACAUGACGGCCUCCGAAUUCGUCGCCUCGUACGCGAGCUACCGGCUCGAGACGACGGGCGAGGGCCGCACCCGGUCCUUCUCGGCAGGGGACGGGGACGUGCCCUGGGUGCUGCUGGAGAACCGGGAGGCGGAGGGGGGGCCACCGGCCUGCGUCUUUCUGGACCGGGAGACCAACCAGUGCGGGAUCUACUCCGUCCGGCCCGUCCAGUGCUCCACGUACCCGUUCUGGUCCAAGAUCCUCGAGAGCGAGGGGACCUGGAACGACGAGGUCCGCAGGCCGGACGGGGCCGGUCCCGGUGGGGCGGGCGAUCCGCCACACUGGACGCCCGACGACGGGGGCUGCGAGGGAAUGCAACCGAUCGGCGGCUCCUCCGGGAGCCGGUCGCAGGGGGUCCCCGUGGACGAGGCACUGGAGCAGCUCUCCCUGUACCAACGGGCCGACCGAAGGCUGCCGAGGAACCACAAGAGGAUUCCGCURCGAAAGGACCAAAACUAAAUCAAACGAAAGAAGAAUAUCAGAGGUUGCCGCACGAAACCACUYGACAAAGCGUGCCUGCGUGGUCUCGCACUCUAUUACAUCCA